GGGCGCGCCGUAGACGUAGCGACAGAGGCGUCCCGUUGCCUGGGAGCCGGGAGGCGCCGCUCGGCCUCCACCUCCGUGGAGAGGGCCCGCCGCGGGCCUGGGUCAGCAUGUCGGUGCUGGACGCGCUCUGGGAGGACCGGGACGUCCGCUUCGACGCGCCCUUGAAACAAAUGAAAACAAGACCUGGAGAAGUCCUUAUUGAUUGUUUAGAUUCAAUUGAAGACACCAAAGGAAAUAAUGGGGAGAGAGGUAGACUCUUAGUAACAAAUUUAAGAAUUCUCUGGCACUCUUUGGCAUUCUCAAGAGUCAAUCUUUCUAUCGGUUACAACUGCAUACUGACUAUUACAACAAGGACUGCUAACUCUAAAUUACGAGGCCAAACUGAAGCCCUUUAUAUACUAACAAAAUGUAACAGUACUCGUUUUGAGUUUAUAUUUACAAAUUUGAUUCCUGGAAGUCCUAGACUUUUUACUUCUGUGAUUGCAGUACACAGCCUUUUGUUUGUUCUCUUUUAUAGAGCAUAUGAAACUUCUAAAAUGUAUCGUGAUUUUAAAUUGAGAAGUGCACUAAUUCAAAAUAAGGAACUAAGGUUAUUACCACAAGAACAUGUAUAUGAUAAAAUCAAUGGAGUAUGGAAUUUAUCCAGUGAUCAGGGAAAUUUGGGAACCUUUUUUAUUACCAAUGUGAGAAUUGUGUGGCAUGCAAAUAUGAAUGACAGUUUUAACGUCAGUAUACCAUAUCUGCAAAUUCGUUCAAUAAAGAUUAGAGAUUCAAAAUUUGGGUUAGCUCUUGUCAUAGAAAGCUCUCAGCAGAGUGGAGGAUAUGUUCUUGGCUUUAAAAUAGAUCCUGUGGAAAAACUACAAGCAUCAGUUAAGGAAAUCAAUUCACUUCACAAAGUCUAUUCUGCCAGUCCUAUAUUUGGAGUAGAUUAUGAGAUGGAAGAAAAGCCACAGGCUCUUGAAGCUCUGACAGUUGAACAAAUUCAAGAUGAUGUAGAAAUAGACUCUGAUGAUCACCCAGACGCUUUUGUGGCUUAUUUUGCUGAUGGCAAUAAGCAACAAGAUCGUGAACCUGUAUUUUCAGAAGAACUGGGGCUUGCAAUAGAGAAAUUGAAGGAUGGAUUCACCCUACAGGGACUUUGGGAAGUAAUGAGUUGAUCUUGAGUUGAGCUGGAUUUUUAUUUAAAGAUAUCUCAAGAUUAAAGAUACUAGUUGUCUUCUAUAAGGCAUGGAAUAGUUUUUACAUUUACAAAAAAAGUUUUUAAGAAAGUUUUUUAGUGAUUGAAGAAAAUUUCAUUUAUGCUUUAACAUCAGUAUUUUAAAAAAUUAUAUUUGAAAAUGUAUCCGGUUUAUAAAUAUGUCUAUUUUGUUCCUAAUACUUGUAAACUAUUAGUCUGUGGAUAUUAAAUGAAUGUAUCACAUUGGGUUUAAUAAAAAAUUUUAUGCACUUAAUGUUUUGAAUGUAUUGUUUAAAAGAAUAAGAUUAUUCUUAUGAAGCAAUCAAAUUACAACUGUUAACUAUAAAAAUCUGCUUUAAAUGUAUGAUUUAAAUAUAAUUUAUGCAAACUCUAAUAUAAAUUACAACCCUUAAAGUUGUCAUUUUUAAGUUAUCAUUUCUAUAAAAAUUAUAGCUAACUCUGGAAUAUAUCAAACCCCAUGUAAAGUUUUGAGCAGUUUUAUAAAUUCAAUAUAGUUUUGGCAAGAAUACAUUUUAUUUUGUAAGUAAUUUAAAAUAAUUUAUAAAUAAAUAGUUCAUUUAUCGACUUCA